AUGGGUGCGCCCAUUAUCGGCGUGAGUAUUAAUUACAGAUUGUCGGCCUUUGGGUUCCUAGCUGGAAGCGAGGCCAUGCAAUCAGGUGCAACCAACUUGGGUUUCCGCGAUCAACGGCUGGCCCUGCAGUGGGUUCGCGAAAACAUCAAGGCUUUUGGCGGCUCACCGGAGAAAGUGACUGUGUUUGGUGAGAGCUCGGGUGCGGAGAGCGUCUCCGCGCAAGUUCUGGCCUACAAUGGUCGCGAUGACCGGCUCUUUCGGGGUGCAAUUGCCCAGUCAGGGUUUGGCGGGCUGCUUAGGAGGUAUCCUGGUGGAUUCAAUGAUACAGAGCUGAUGCAGGCUACCUACGAUCAUCUUGUUGGCAACACUUCGUGCGCAGCACUAGUGGGCACCGCGAAAUCCUUGGACUGCCUCCAACGGGCUCCUCUUGCCGAGCUCAACUAUGCGCUGAAUGUCUCGAAAGUAGGGCCCUGGCCACCUGUCUUAGAUGGCGAUUUCUUCAAGGACUUUCCGGCCAAUCAGCUAUCCAAUGGAGACUUCCGACAGGUGCCUGUGCUCAUAGGAACGAAUUCUGAUGAAGGGACCGCAUUUGGCAAUCCUACGGCCGUCGCCGGACACCCGGUCAACUCGGAUGAGGAGCUGCGGCCUGCUCUCAAGAAUCGACUGGCGUCGAAACAGACAAGGGCGGAAAUUGAUGGGCUCGUGGAUGAGCUGAUGUUCCUGUAUCCGAACAUCCAGUCCGUUGGCAUCCCGUCACUCGAGACCUGGCCGCACGUCAUUCAGCCCAACGAUACCUAUGCAAAGACACUAGGGACUCAGUACAGACGCAUCACUGCUAUAUUCGGAGAUAUAUCCAUGCAUUACAUGCGGCGUCGAGCCAAUUUGGCGUGGUUCAAGCGUGGACUGCCGAGCUAUGCUUACCGAUUCGACGUCACAGUCAACGGAGUGCCGCCAAGCACUGGUGCUACUCACUUCCAGGAGGUUGCCUUUGUAUUUCUCAACUUCAACGGGGAAGGAUAUGCAGUGAACCCCUUCGGAGGUGACAACAAGGUGUACACGGCCAAGGCCAAGGCGUUGGCAACCACUAUGGCCACUGCUUGGGUAAACUUUGUCAAUCAUCUGGACCCUAAUGGGAAGAAAGGUCUCGGUCUUCCUGGCGGCUCAACGUGGCCCAAGUAUGACACAGGAGCGGGCGGCGGCGUGGGACAGAAUGUCAUCUGGGAUCUGGCGGGCGGCGCCAUUGAGAUUGACGAUUGGCGAGCGGCAGGGAUCAAAUGGUUGAUGGAACACGCGCUCUCAGUGUUUGGCAAUUAA